UCCUCCUCCCAGUUUCCGCCAGACCAAUUUACGGUCGUCACCAUUACUGGCGUGUGUAAACACACUGAACUCUGUCUGACUGGUUGAUUAGCAGCAGCAGCGGCAGCGGCAGUGGUGGUGGUAACGAGAGGAAUCAGCUAAAGGAGACAUUACACAGAGAAAAUCCGGCUGUAUUUACUAAACACGGUUCCGCAGCAGAUGGCCGGCGACAGCGGGGAGAGGAAGCGGUUACUAAAAAGACCUCUACCGGGGUACAGAGAGGACCCGGCGGCUAACAAUAACAUCGAACCGGAGCGAGGUGAAUCCGGACUCGGUACCUGCACUCACCAACAUGUGCGCAAAGAAAAGAAAGGAAAGGAAAACACCGCGGUGAAACUAAACGAAUCAGCUCACCCCAACACAGAGAAGAUGGAGGACCCGGAGAGCUGCGGCUCAACACUGAGAUCAGAUCCUGGGAUUGUGUUUGAUGAGGACAGUAACCACGUUUUCCCCGUCGAGCAGUUUUUUGGGAACCUGGAUACUGUUCAGGAUUGCUCACAGAAAGUCUCUGACACAGAGGGAAUGAACAGACGAGAAUACAGAAGACGGCAUUACUACGCAAAAGAGGACAGUGAUGAGGAUCAGACAUAGCACUCUAUCUACACGUGCAAUGUUAUUUGUAUAAAUCAUAAAGACAAAGGUCCUAAAAGCAGACUUGGGGAUCUGAUUUAAAUUACAUUUUAAGGUGUUAUCUGAUCUAUCACCACUUUUAAUAGGCUCUUUACGUCUAUAUGACAUGUUUCUUGCCACUCCACCAGCAAUUUGAGGCAACA